ACUUUCCAAAAUGGCCGUGCGUCCCGUCGCGCGACCUUCAGUGGCACUUCUUUUAAUUGAUGUCCAGAAAGCCUUCACAGAGGGCUCUUGGCGGGCGGGAAUAAGUGACAGUGAGGUAUUACCUUUGAAACAGGCUUUUGAAGAAUGUGCAAGACUUCUCUCACGCCUCGAUCUCAAGAAAUUACCUAUCCGAAUGACGCGAACGCCGUUUCGAGGUCGAGACUUUGAGCUUGAUGACAGUGUAUCUGAGGCUGUUCGUGGUGAGCAGAUAGCGUUCUUUAUUAAACUUUCAACCUCUGCAAUGCACAGUGAGGGGUUCCCCGGAUGGAUACAGGAAUUACUCGACUCUGAAAUUAAAACGCUUGUUAUCGGUGGUUGUACGAUUACAAGCUGUGUUCGAGUAAGUUCAUGUUUGACUCAGAAAUCUUUCCAAAAUAGUGGUCUUCGAGUUGUAGUGGAUCUCUCACUUUGUGGUGCAAGAAAAGAAAACUAUAAGAAGCGAUGCCCGGAAUGCUUAGCAAGAUACCUUGAUCAAAGAAAUUUGUAUAAUAACAGUUAUUUAUCCGACUGUAACAUGUGUAAGGUGCCUGGUGUAGAGAUGAUUUCACCUGUCGAUCUUGCGGUUCAGGGCAUGAGGAAAGCUGGUGUUAAUGUGGUGGAGAAGUUCAAUUGGCCACAAGACCUUGAGAGUUAACCUUGAGGGAUGUAGAGAGGCAAGGGGGGGGGGGGCUGCACAGUCAUAUAGGUAUUAUAUAGAAAAAGGAUAUAUGCGCCUUGAUUUAUCAUACACUUGCAGAGGGAAAGUGAAGCAUCUUAUAAGCCAAGCUUCUGUAAAUUUAGAUGUGCUUAAAAAUAUUAAGACAAUGAUUUCUUGCUUGUGCUCACAUACUAGAAUACAGUGACGUAGCAGGGGGUGAGGCACUGAGGACACGUGCCCCCCCCCCCCAGUAUUUUCAAAAAUUUUAAGGAAAUGACCAGUAGGAGCGUGGCUGUGCCCCCUCCAUGAUUUUUUUUUAAAUUUUCUGUAUCGUGCCCCCCUCCCCAAUAAUUUGAGAAUUGCUACGACUAUGGAAUACCAUUUAUUUUUUUGUUUGUGCUUGCUAUCUCAUUUUCACAAUGGGUUGUUGGUGCAAAAUGUUUUUGGGUAUAGUUAGAGUUGGCUCCCCAUCCCUCCCUCAAUAUGCCCCCAAAAAUGCUUGGUUCUCACUAGGACAGACUAGCAACUGCUCGAUUUUUAUAUGCUUUUGCUUGUGUUUGACAUAUUAUCCCUUAUGCCACAUUUGUCUUUGUGCUCAAAAGGCUUUAGUUAGGGGGAACACAGGCUAUCAUUCCUGUGCUUGACCUAGGAAAGUAUAUCUGCGGGGGAAGGUAGCCACCCUUACUUCCCAUUGGUUGAGGGGCUGUGGUUCAUUCACAGAACAGUAGCCUUGUGGUCAAUCGGAUAAGACAGGUGCACUUCCAGGAUUGGCUGAAGGGGGUGCGCAGUCAAAAAAUAUGGAAAAAGCAUAGUAAUAGAAGAUUCCUCAAUAAGGAAUGACCCACUUUUUGGCCGCAAAGGGGAGGUGCUUGCGCACCCCCCUGUGUAAGUGCCUCAUAGGGGUGGGGAUGAGAGAGGGAAGAGGCAUAAUACAGAUCUAUUAAGAAAACUGGUGUUGGGGGGACAGCAUGCCCAUUAACCUGUGUUAUAGUAUCAGUGCAUGAACGGUUAGCCCUCGGGUCUCUAAAAAUUGAGCAAAUUAACCAUACCACAGUGUCCAA